AUGUCGAAUUUGUUCGAUAAUUGUUCGUAUCAUUCGAAAUACGAGCAUUACUACCUCGAUUGCACAAAUACAACCGACCAAUGUUCGCUCAUUCGGGUAGGCUUUCUGAAGGGUCCGUCUUCAACGUGCCGGCCGUUUUCAGAAUAUCGAGACGAUAAUGUCGAUCCUUUUCUGGUUGAACUUGAUCGUUCCGCUCGUGCUCUUCGUUUCCUCGUUCUUCCUCAACACCUACUUCCUUUUCAUCCUUUUCCCUCAGUUUAUUCAUAUGAAUGACACGUGAGUUUUCACUGUGAAAUGUUUCGAAAUGAGUACGUUCAGCACCCGGAAACAGUACGUUUUCGUCGUGAGCAGAGCCGUUUCUUCGAUUUCCGCCGCUUCGAUUAUGUUGCUCUUCCGUAUAUUUCAAUUCGCUUCUUUCAGUUUCACCACUUACUUUUUCAUCUUUAUUAUCGAUGAUAUCAGUUUUUACAGUCUCUUGGGUAAGUCCAUUCGUUCCUCUUGAUUCCUUCCAACCUCCCCCUUUCAGGCUCAUACGUCGGCUCCGCAAUCCUGCUCUAUCUAGCGACGGUUCGUCCGAUCUACUACAAUCUGCAAAUUUCGGUUCAUUCGAUUUACGCGUUCGCCGCUGCAAAUUUAGUUGGAUCAAUCUUGUUAUCAGUGAGUAAUGUGCCGAGUAUCAAAAAGCAACUGUUCAAGACCAGGUCACGACGGCCAUAUUCCAAGCGGCGAUGUACUCGGAAGGACCGUUCACGUGCGAUGUGGAGCGCUGUCAACCUGUGAUCAGCAUUGUGAUGUGUGAGGAAAUUAAGUUAGAGAUUAAAUAAGUGAAUUUGGUUUUACUUGCAGUUGUGAUCAUUGUGCUUUCUUUCAUCAUUCCAAUAAUUAUUUUGACAUUCGUUCUCGUAACGCUGCAUUGUCACAAGAGUCGAGCGGAAAGUGUGAGUGUCUUCAGUCGGACUUUUCUUCAACUGUGCUCUCAGAUUGGCAACUUCACAAUGGACCGCUCAACUUCCUCGUCGGCCCGAACCCGUCUUGCCUGGACUCUUUUCACGUUCACUUUGAUAAGUCUCACGGAAGCGAUUCCAUCUUCUAUGGUCGUCGGAGUAGCCGUAGGUAGGCUUUCUUUCAAUUUGGAUUUAUCUAUUUACAAAAUAUUCUUGCUCCUUCUCCCCAUUUCCAGAUCAUUUCCAGAUGAUUCCAUCCUUGCUUGCUCCAACUUCUACCAAGCCAAUAACCUCAUUUUCCUCGCUGUAAUGACUUCGUUCCAGACGCUUGCCUGGUCGGUUUCAUAACGUUUCCACCCCGGGCAGAUCCGAUUAUUCUCUUGACCAAUUUAUCGCUGAGUAGUCAGGCCAAACGGCCAAAUGAGCAUGUGAGCAAUGGGUACGUGCACGGCGGCAGAUUUCACUGAAAAGAGCUAAAAAAGAAUGGAAAGAGCACGAUCCAAUCAUACGCUUUGAUUGGGUUCCUGCCAUUUGGAUGGAUUUAGAAUGCGAAUCUCUAGGAAAUGUCAAAGGAUUUAAAUUUUUAUUUGAAUUCUGUUCCAGGUCAUUGGCGCUGUUUGUUGAGCCCCUGUGCGGUCUGUUGUUUGACCCGCGAAUCCGGAAAGUGUGGGCACAGCAGGUGAGCCGUCCCCACUUCUGCCAGCACUUCUUCUAUCCUGUUUUGAGGUUGUCGGUCUACGAACUCUACUCGGGAAGGCUCUCCGAACGAAUACGCCUUCUCUGGAAAACUGAACAAAAACCUUCUCUUUUUCUCGCCAUCACUACUUUUCCGGUCAUAAUCUCGGUCUCUCAUAAUAAUAAAAGUAACGAGUAAAUAUUUUCGUGUCCACCUCUCCUUUCAUGUUUCUUCAGACGCCUCAAUACGCAUAAUUCUAAUUGGGUUAUGCAAACAACACAAAAGAGAGAAAACGGAAGAAGCUGUCGAUAAUGAGCAGACUGGUAGACGGCCGAAUGAAUCAGACAAUCAGAUCAGAGUAUCCCCCCCCCCCCCUGAGAAAAAGUUUGAAAAGAAAAGAAUACGAGUGAGUGAAGGAAUCAUUUAUUGCGGGGAAAUGACGAAUUCAAAGGACUGAAGCUUUAUUUUCCGAGAAUAGAUUUCGGGGAGCCGCGAGCACGUUUGAUUGCACGGAAAUGAGCCUGACUAUGGUAGUUUAUGAGCUCGCCCCCGGAGCAACUAUUUACUUGGUCAUUUCGCAACGCAUUACUGUUCUGACGUGGAAGUGGGCGAAGCCCGAUGGAAGAUUCUAGAAGAAUUCGUCGGAUUUAUAGUUCGUAUAGUUCGUAAAGUUCCCCAUCCGGACCCUCGUUUCGUAGUCGUACCGCAAGGUGAAUUUGUAGGCAAAACGCCGCCGCGCGGACUACGAGUUAACGUUCAGAGAGCGGAACGAAAAACGGGAAGAAAAAGAGAUGAGAAGAGCGGGAGAAUUGAUGGACGGGCGAGCGAAAUGGAUGGAAAUGGAGCCUUUUAGGCGAAUUGGCUGCGAUAAAGAAAAUGAACCGAAAACGAGAUUGGAUUUGAAGAACGUAGGCUCAGAGUUCACACAUUGCUACCUGAACUUUGAAACCGAAACAUCCACGUCAGAAGGGAGGCAUGACGACUGGAGAUCGGUCGGAUUUCCGGCUAGAGAAGCAUCAGGAACAAGUGACAGAUUAGCUGAAAGACGUUAAUCGCGAAGACUUCCGUUUGAGUUCACUUGAAGAUUAUAGACUAGAAGUGACACAUUGUGACUGGGAAGCUUUCAGUCAGAGACGGAAGUCGAGCACGAUCUAGAUGAUUCCAUUGAGCAGGUCGGCUGAAAAUAUGUAAGCAGCUCUGACGUUUGUGUGUUCCUAAUCUCAUAACAAGAAGCCGACCUCUUCUGGAUCUGUGCCAACCGGGAGAGGCAUCCAGUUACAGUGUACUCUUGUUCAACGACGCAUGAGAAAAACAGUGAUGUUUUUCUCAAGUGCUCCUGAAUACUAAGUUCUCUCCGAGAGCCAUUCCGACGACGUCGUCGUACAUCCGUCAUUAUUUUUAAUUUCGAAGAAACCCGUCGUUGUCGAGCGGGGGCAGUGCCACAACAACGUUCCGUUCGCUUCCUGACUGACUGACCGCUCGCCUCCUUCUCCUGGUUUUUUUACUACUACUAGCAGUAGUCGUGCCCGUCGCUCGACCACCCCCACUUCCAGUCCCUCUCGAAUCGAUAGAAGAAGGCGUCGGCUUCGUGGAUAGAGAGGAGACGGAGACGAAGCGAGGAGAGCAGGGCGGCACGUCGAGUCCGUCGUGCUCCACCCCCUCGCCGCCCCUCCGCCGCUUCUCUUCGCCACUUUAUCGCGCACGCGCCCUAUGGAGUAGCGGGCAGCAUUCUGUGUCAUCCGCAUGCGCUUCUUCCAUCUUAUUUUUGUACUAUUCUCCAUUUCUACAGUACCUGCUUUCCUGUUGUACGGUGAGUUUCUUCUUUUUCUUUUUUGUUCUUAUUCCCUUUGUACCUUUCUGUCUAAGCCCCACCGAAUCAUACUGCUGUUUGGAAUUGUACAACAUCCAGAUUGUAUUCAGAAUUCUUUAAUCUUCUGGUCCCAAGUGUAUUCGUCUAUCCGCGAUUCCGAUUUUCUUUCUCAUUUCGCUUUGUUUACCCCAUUUUCCCUCCGUCACCUCCAAAAUCAUGCCUUGUUUUCCGUCGUUGGCUUCAGAAGCAUCAGAAGGCAAAUGUCCUUUGUCAUUCAUUUUUCCGAGGCCCUCGAGGCUCUUUGAUCCGCUCAAAGUGCACUAAUUUUCAAGAGUCGGCUUUCCGAGUCGCAACCCCCAUUUCGCUCAAAUUUGUGUGAUUCUAGUUAGAGCCAGAAAAGCGGAAAUGUUUCAAAUGGGAAAAGGAGAAGCCGCUUUGGCCUUUCGAGUUCGUUUUACGAGCGAAGCCCCAGCUUCGUUUUAAUCCGAUUCGAAAUUGGGAUACGUGUUCACUCAUUGAGCUUGACUUGGAAAUCUACAGUCGUCUUCGACAAUUUUCCGUUACUUGUUCUUUUUAUUUUCUCCGAAACACUAUCAUUAUCAGCUCUAAUUGAUCUGUCUCGAAUUCUAAUUAUAGGUUAAGCAAUCUUUGGUUUUCUAAGUAGGUAACAAAAAAUAAAGCAAAAAAUAAAAGAAUCUUAGAGAUCAAAUCAGUGGAAAACAAAAAGACGUCAUCCGUCUAAAAGUGUGUCCAUUUCUCUUGUCCACUCGUUGAUUCUAUUUGGAUGCUCACCGGAAAAGAACGACCUAAAAAUACUCUGCGGGGCGUCGUGCUUGACUCCCCCACAUGACGUCAUAUUUAUGCAGUCCCCGUUCUAAAAGUUGUCGUUUGAUCAUCAUCGUCGUCAUCUCAUGCCGCUCCAUUUAUUACCGAGUCUGACUCGUAUCUUGUUGCGUGACUUUUUGUUUGCGAACUCUCUCAAGAAGAUGAGAUUCUUUCUUUUUCGUUCGGAAAAACAACACAAAGAAGACGACGACGGCCAUAGGUUCCGAUCGAAUAUUCAAUUAGGACAACGUUCGCACGCCUACAGCAAGCAUGAUGUCAGAAAAGUGAAGUGUCUGCACGCGGAUUCCGAGCUUUCGAGCACUCGAAAACGAUCACCUGCUCGCCGAGCACGCUGCCAUUUCAAGCGAACCUUUGCCGUUCUCUGAGCGAACUAAUUCGUCGGAAUAACAAAUCGUUCGAUGCAAAUCUUGGCAAACUUUUCGACGUCUUCUCUCUUUCCGUUUCUCGUCAUCGUCGCCAGCGAAAUGACGAAUGUGUGUGUGCGCUCAGCUGAUGAGGCGCCGAGAGAGUGCGGAGAAGUGAGAGAUCGCACACAUGACGUCACUCAUUUUCAGAGAAAGAACGAGUUAUAUUCAGAGUCGGCGGGAGGAGCACAACAAAGGGUGAUUCGAGAAGCGGACGUCGUACUCCCGAGUGUCAAUUUAGUCUUUUCCGACGUAAUUAUCGCGACGAUGAAAGUGGAGAUGAGGCCGAAAGAGAGCGAUGUGUGGUGACGCAUAAGAGCUCCCGCUUCUCCUUUUCCCCUCCGAUUAUACGUCUGAAGGGACAGAAAGUGCGGACGCCGGGACUGGAUGAAAUUACGGUAGUCUACGACGUCUAAGGGCCAGGGCUAGGCAAAAAGCGGACCCAAGAUUGUUGAAGGCUGAACUUUACCUAUCCGAUCGGACUCAAACUUUGCAGGCUAGUUGGACUUGGGAUGAAGUGUCUUUAGUCCAAGUUUCAGAGCGAUAAGAUUAUUUACUCUGGAGAUGCAUAAAAUUGGGACUAAAAAUUCCGUUUUUUCGGCAUCAAGAAGACUUCGAAAAGUCUGGGCCAGUCUGCUUCCAACUAUAUAAACGCACAGCCUCCUGCGACAGUCAAUUUCAAAACGGAAGCGUGUUUCAAGUGCUUGCGCGGUUCUAGAUACCGCGGGGUCUGAAAUUUCGAAAAAAUGCAUCCGCAGUGCCCCGCAUGCGCCUGUAAAUUUGAAAAUGACUGUCGAAGGAGACUGUGAAAUGCGUGUUUCCUUCAAGACUUUCAGUCUGCCCUUCUUCGUUUCCUUUGAAUUCUGAUUCAUAACCGUCGUCGGAAGUGCCCUUUCUUUCCGCUCUAAUCUGAUGAGCUCAUCGUUCUCACCGAUGUUUGGUGCUCCCUUCUUCUUCUUCUUCUUCUUCUUCUCCUUGCUUUGCCUCCUACGCCGUCCUUCAUCAGCUGACCGAUUAUUCAUUUUCGUUCCGCAAACUUCCCAUAAAUGGGGAUGGGAAAAAGGGCGAGAAAAGGCGUAACUUGAUCCCCAAAACGACGAGUGGAAACAUAAUGUACAUGUCAUUUCGAAAAAAAAAGAAGCGGAAAGGGAGAAGCUGUAUAACAUAUGAGAGGGAUUAGAAUGACGUUCUUACGGGCAGAAAGAGCGACGAGCCAUUUGUUUUCCAACGAAUUCAGAGGGAUUUCCGAAGAUUUAAGGUCACCGCAAUAGAUUAAAUUCUGUAUUUUCUCUGAAUAGUUCCAGCCGAUGACGUGGCUAAUCUGAUAAACUGCGAGGGUGGUAGACGUGAUAUCUCUCAAUAGCAGCUGAUUGGGAACACUUUUCGAGGCCUCUCCGAAGUAUUUGUUUAUCAGGGAAACUGGUUGUAGACUACAUUCAUUCACUGAUAACGCCGUUGUUCUCACUCCAUUCGGAACUAUGUGAAAUCAGGGCGCCGGUGGUUCGAUUCCCGGUCGGCGCAACCUUUUACAACAAAAACUUCAACUUUUGAUCCUUCUCUUUUCAUCUAUCUCGAAGCCUAUUCCUGGAACUAAUAGAUCCUGGGAAUCCAUCCUUGGCACAUCUCAUCAGACAUUCAUGUUUUUGCAGUCUCAUAACUGCUCCCUGCUUUCGAUAACAUUACAAUGGCCGCUGGGUCCGAAACGAAGCAGCAUCUUUUUGUGCCUUAAUUCCAAAACCAGCCUGUUUGGACGCGUCCCCUCCACUAGUUUUAUUUUCUAUUUUGGCAGUGCGCCGCCUCAUCCCAUCCCAUCCUAGCCGCAUGAAUAAAGAGAAAGAGGGAGAGCGGAGGGAGGGAUACGGACGGGCGGUGCUCUCCGAAUUAGAUUAAAAGCGGCGGAGAGUGAAGGAAAGCGGAGCGAAUAAUAAGGGACUCGCUGGGCUUAUUACGAUUAGAGGCCUUUGGGUGCUGCAGGUGAAAUCAUUCAAAAGAUGAGGAAGUGAUAAAGGGAAUCAGCUAUGAGAAUGGUCGAAGGCUCUUUUGAGCACGGAGUCGUGGCGAGGUACACUGGCGCAAGUGCGCUCUAAUGAAAUUUAAAAAAAUUUUAAUUCAAAUUUGAAUUUAAAUUAAAAUUUGAUUUGUCAAUGUACACGUCACUACCCCGUGUUGGGCAAUUACUCAUAAUUUUAUGAUUCAUCUUUCUGAUCAAGCACACUCAUCUUCCUCCGCCCGCAUGUUUUUCAUUCGCUCUCAGAGCAUAUUAUGUAUUCACAAAGUCCAAUUCCAAUAAAUUCCAAGCAGGUGAUUCGGUUUCGGUGGCAGUUGAGAUUAAAAGCAUUCCGAUAACAAAAGUACAAAACGAGACUGAGAACUUCUUCCUUCACAGGCUGCAACCUUAGUGAAAAUUUAUGCGACAAUGACGAAUCGUGUUACCCGGACGGCGUGUUCGGUCAGUGCUACUCCUCGGAGAGCGGAUCGCCGCCGCCCACUGUUCUAGAAGACUUAGAUGACACUCAGUUGGAAUUGCUGAAGCUCGAGCUCACGAGGUUUGUCUUUGGAAGGGAAUUAAGAGAGCAAUUCGAAUAUUUCAGACUCGCAUCAAAAGACAAAGAUUGGGGAGAUGAGGAGACGCAGUGCGUGCUCGCCUACUUCAAAAUGUCCAUGUUCUACCAGCUACAGUAUGAUCCGGACUUUUGUCAAGUACGUAAACCGGCCAAUGUGUGGGCACUCAUCCAACUCAUCGACACCGGACUUUCCGAAGAUCCGACCCUUCUCGACGAGGACGUCAACCCGGAGAACGUGACCGAAGAGGAGAUUGCUCAGGUCAUCGAGCAGCUCAAAGAGCCCUCGCAACCGUCUGAACAAGACGUGGAAGGUAGGCCAGAAAAUGAAACAAAUCGAGUUAGAUAAUUCAAUUUCAGAGGCCUUAAACGCCGAGAAUGAAGACGUGGACGAUGAGAUUCUGGACAAGUACGUGCAGGCCAUCGUGAGCAACGAGAAUCCGGACUUUUCCGAGCUCUCCGACGCCCAACUCAACACUCUGAUCGGCCGUCUCGUGAACCUCAAGAAGAACAUUGAGAACGAAGAGUCGCAAGUGUUGACUGGAAAUGGAGAGCAAGAGAUGGCAGUACCAUUGGAUGAUCUUGAAGAGCGAGAGCAGGCAAUUCUGAAGAAGGACAUCGAACAGAUCGGAGAGCUGAACCAAGGUCUUGAGAACACGGAGCACAAGAUUGUGAAGGGAAGGAAGGAUCAGGUGGUGACACGUGUCGACGCGAACCGAGUCUACCUGAAGGUCCAUCUCAAGGACGACAAGCAGCUGAUGCCGUUGAUCGAGUUCCUCCAGAACACCAUCGCCAUCCCCAACAAUCUCUAUUUCGACGACUUCCAGUUAGUGUCCAAAAACCUCCACUUCUGAAACAUUCCGAUUCAGGUUCGAAAACGGUCAACUCUCGAUGAGAAUCUCCAGAUUGGAAGGAGCGAAACCGAAGACCGAGAAGCGGAUCGACUCCGUGGAAGGUGUCGCUUCGGCAGUUUGUACGUCAUUCGUUUUCUUGUUUACCACUUCCCAUUUGUAAUCUCGUCUCUUUCAGACAAACGACGAAAAGACAUUGCUCGCCUUUCGGGAGCCGACGUCCGUGAAACUGGAAUCGGAAGUGGAGAGGUGAGUGAAUUCGACCAAAAAAAAAAAGAAAUGCAUCGACCGUCAUUCGAACCCAGGCCGUCCGCGUGGCAGGCGCUCAUUCUAUAUGCGUAGAAAGAGAAAGAGUGAUACCACUAAUCAGUGGACCACCGAUGCGCGCUGUUCUGAUUAUUUCAAUAAAGAGAGACCACAGUGUAAAGAAAAGGCAAACAAACAACAAUUUGCGAGAUGAAAAAGGCAAACUGCUUAGUAAUGGAGACGCACGCUAUACUAUUGUUUACGCCAAGAACGUAUCACAUGAAGCAAGAAAACAUCACGCGCUUCGGCGCUUCUUUCUGAAUUCGGAGCACUUCUGGAGACCUUUCGUUCUUUUCAGGAUGGAAGUCUGCCGGUGGAAUCGUCGGAGCGGGACUGGCUUCUGAUGCCAGUUCUCUUCGUGUGCGCCUUCACCGUCACUGCCCUCGGACUCGUCGCCGCCGUCCAAAUCUCGCGUUCUCGCCGUCACUACAAGGACAACAUCCAACAGAUUGCCGAGCAAUUGGACGGAAAGAACUCGUUCGCUUAUCAGGAUCUGUGCAGACAGAGAGCCGACGGAGGCCGUGCUUCCAAGUCGAGUUCCACGUCUUCAUGGUGCGAAGAAACCGCCGGUCCGACCAUUGACAUCUCCACUGGACACGUAGUUCUGGUGAGAUCAUUGAGAGAUUCCUUCCGAGUACCGCAAUCCAUUCAGAACUUCCUCCAAGAAUAUCUGUCCGAGCCGACCAAGAUCGAGGCUCAAUGGAAGGGAAUUAAGGACUACCACAACGAGGAACGGUCGAAGAGCAAGGCGGAAAAGUUUGCGACGCAGAACAGAACGAUCCUUCCAUGUACGUGAGAAACGGACAAAAGCGGGGAAGGGGUCACUCGAAUGACGUCAGUGUUUAAAGCUGUGAAUAGAGACUGAAUGGCGUCACGACUUCCUUCGUUUUCUCAUUUCGGUGUUUUUUCAGUUGACGACAACAUUGUGGAGAUUGACGGAAAGAACGCCGAGAACGAGGAUUACUACCUGAACGCCAGUUUCAUUUAUGACGAUGACCCGAGGUGAGUACAAAUGGAUUUAGAAGACAUUCAAACAUCGGAACGCUUUCAGACAAGCCGUCUACAUCGCCGCACAGACUCCGGCCAGCAAUCAGAUUGCAGCCUUCUGGCAGACUGUCUGGCAGCACGGAGUCUGCCUCGUCGUCAACCUCUCGACUCCGGAAGAAUGCAAGCACGAGAAGAACUACUGGCCGGAUACCGGAAGCGAGGUGCACGGAGCAUUCGAGAUCCAUCUCGUCUCCGAGCACAUCUGGUCCGAUGACUACCUCGUCCGCUCCUUCUAUCUCAAGGUUCGCAUUUCUUCUUUCUGCUAGAAGAUUGUAUGUACUGCUCAAUUUCAGAACCUGCAAAAUAGCCAGACGCGCACAAUCACCCAGUUCCAUUACCUGUCCUGGCAGAAGGAUUCGACGCCGACCAGCGCGAAGAGCAUUCUCGAGUUCCGUCGCAAAGUGAACAAGUCGUACCGCGGAAGAUCGUCUGCCGUGCUCGUCCAUUCGUGGGACGGCUCCGGCCGGACUGGAGUCUACUGCGCAGUGGAUGUGCUCUGCGCACGUCUCCUGCGUGGCAUUCGUCAGAUCGACGUCGUCGCCACUGUCGAACAUUUGAGAGAUCAGAGAGAUGGUGAGUCUGCCGUAGUGGUUCUCUGUUUGCUCAUCUGUCCGUGUUCAGGAAUGGUGGCCACAGGAGAUCAGUUCAAGCUCGUCUACGGCUGCGUCGCCCAAGAAGUCAACCAUCUUCUCAAGUCCAUCGCUGCACAGUAA